UAUUUGCACCUGCUGACGGCACGAAUCUCAGUUAUUAACCAGUCCGGAAAUUCGUAUUCUUAAAGGCCUUUAGCGGCGGGAAUACUACUAACACUCCAACGAGGCGGAAAACUCACAGUUUUUCCAGCGCAAAAUAUUUUUUAAGGGGAUUAAUGUGAGUAGGAAUGGCCUCCAAGGAAAUUCAAACACUUCCGAAGCCGAGUGUGUCCCUCACUAAAACUCAUGUUGAAAGACCGAGAAGGAUUUGCUCAAAAAGAUCGUAUUGCGAAGUUGAACCAGACGAUGAUGAAUUUUCUGCAGAAGACGUAAAACAAUAUAGACCCAAAGGAAGCAGAAGAAAAGAGUCGUAUUCUUUCAUUAUGCUGGAGAAGAAACAAAGGCAGAUUGCUCAAACUUUAAAAUGGCUUGGUGAAAACUAUGAGCUGAAAGAAGGGAUGUGUUUACCACGUUGUGUCAUGUACACGCACUAUCUGGAUUUUUGUCGUAAGGGCAAACUGUGCCCCGCAGGACCAGCCACAUUUGGGAAGAUAAUCCGUCAAAGAUUUCCAAAGCUGACGACAAGGAGACUUGGAACACGUGGACAAUCGAAAUAUCAUUAUUAUGGCAUCGUCGUAAGGGAAACUUCAGCUUACUUUCAUGCUGGUUAUUCUAAAAAGGGAUUAUCAAGAUUUUCAGGGAUGAAAGGAAAGGGAGAUGUGAACGCAAACCACAAGAAGUUUUCCCUAAGUGCAAAGUCUGGAACUCUUUUACCUGAAUUCCCCAACGCGAAAACUGUCCAGUUACCAGAUGGAGUCUCCAUUCACAAGGUGGAGACAUUCAUCAUGAUGUACCGAACGCAUUGUCAGAGAAUGCUCGACACUGUUGUUAGCGCCAACUUUGAGGGGGUUCAGAAUUUCAUCACCCACUUCUGGCAAGGCAUGCCAGACCAUAUAAUUUCAGUGCUGGAGUGUCCUGUUGUGGUUGACAUUGUGGCCAUUUGCGACUCAAUUUUAUACAAGGUCUUGACAGAUGUACUUAUUCCUUCAACCAUUCAAGAUCUUCCGGACAGUCUCAGAGAAGAAAUAACUGACUUUGCCGACAACCUCCUUGACUGGCUUGCAAAAUGUUUAACAGAGGUGCCACUUGCUCUAAAAGAAGCAAAGUUAGAAGUUGCAAGGAUUUUUACUCAAGCAUUAAAGAGACAAGUUGGUUUCGUUCACCUUGCACAGGCGGCACGUUCAGCGUUGUUGAGUUAUGAGGAUGUCUCUCAGAUGUUGGGUGACCUAAGGAAAAUCGAAUUUGAUCAAAUUCUUUCCAAAAGCUUCUUCAUUAUUGAAAAUAUGGAAGUAUUUCACAAGACUAAGACAUAUGUCAGUGAGCUAGAAAAUCUCCUCAGUAAGCAAGCACCACUGGAAGCUUAUAUAGAAUGGCUGGACAGUGUGGUGGAUCGAUGUGUCCUCAAGGAAUCAGAAAAGACUUCUAUCGAAGACAGAGCAAGGAAAUUCCUAGCCAUGUGGUCUUUUAUUACCGCACGAUUGUUAGCUGAUUUGACGCUGAGAAGUGCUCCGAGUUUUGGUGUGUUUCACUUGAUCCACACUGCUUUUGAUGAAUAUGUCUUCCUUGUGGUCGAAAACCAGAUGAUUGUGGAAAUGGAUAAGAAGUUGACACGUUCUCUUGAAACACAUCUUAAGAAAGAAAAUUCAACAUUGUUGCCAUCUAUCGAGUCAGAGCUUGACAAACCCAAAGAAAACAUGCAGCCAGAGCAGCUACAUGACAUACCAAAAGAAGCACCUCGACCCAAACGGCAAAAGAACCCAACGUCGAGUUUCCUUCCAGCUGUUAAACUGAAUGUUGCCAAACAUCACUCCUCCCAGCAACAAAACAAAGAAAAAACGCGUCCUGAAUUUUUUGCAGAAGGCAGUCACUUUAUCCCAGCGAGCACGCCAAACGUGACCUUUCCCAGCGAAGAGAUCUUUCAGACGGCGCCAAUGAACAAUCAACCACGUCAAAUGCCGAAUCCAACGCCGAUGAAUGUUUCUAUUCCAACGCCAUUUUCACCAUUACAGGAAUGUCGCUCCAGUUUUCAGCCGUUGCCUCUACCGGAGCACGAGCAACCUCGCCAAGCAACCCCAGAGGCUGCGUUCCAGGGCGAUUUUAUAAAUGCAAUCGACAAGGCAUUUUUCUCCUCAAGGGUUACUCUUAACCCCGAUGACUACAUGGGAUCGGCAUGGGUGCAAAAUGACGCUCAAAAUCUCACUGUGUUAAACCCUGUCAGUCUUCAGGAACAUAACCUUAUCAACAACGGAGCCAUUAACUUUGCAGGGAAUGGAAAUUUCCCUAUUACUUACGAAAACAGCUUACCUCCUCUGAACGUGUAUUCGAAUUCACAAACAAUGGCUCCAAGUCCGCGACCACAAGAAAUUCCUUAUAUAUCCCCAACCAAAGACGACUUCGGCUAUGUGCCAAGCAUUACAAACAUGUAUCCGAGAUACAACACGCCAAAUUAUCUCUACGAACCUGUGAGGAAUGCAAUGCAACCCAACGGAAGUGAUGUCAUGAAUUUCAACGGAUUGCUCAAUGCUGCAGCUAGUUCAUUUGGAAUGGAUGGAUUGACAGUCCAUGAUGUUCAGCUUAAUCGACUAGGAAUUGGAGCAGUUUAAUUUGAACGAUUAGUUAUUUCAUGCCCUAUGAGUAAUGCACAUAAGGCAAAAAAACUCCAAUAAACUUGAAUUUCUUCAUAACUAGCCGUUAGACUUACAUAGAUAGAAUAUUGCCUCAGAGAGAUAUCAUAUCGUUAAAAAGAGAAGAUUGAAAAUUAUUUAUUAAUGGCCUCAGGACCAUUGUUGAAUAAAUGGGCUUUAAUCAAAAAGAUUUAUGACAAUUUAAGUAUUUGUGCUUCCAUAUUUGGACUUUCAGAUUUUCAUCAGUGCUGUAAUGGGUAAGUUUAAUGUUACAUUUUAUGCAAUAUAGAUGGAAGCUGGAAAUGUGAGGCUAGCCAAUGACUUGAAAAUAAGAGUCCAGAGUGCAUUUGUCAGCAGUUUGGAUACAACUUUACCGUGGACUAUUUUUCUAAAUGAGGUAUACAUAUCUCAGUUUUGUCUCAUAAAUUUUCUUAUCGAAAAUCUCUCGCUACGAUUGUAAAUAGAUAGAACGAUAUUAUUUCGCAUUCAGCUAUUGCCAAAGGUCGUCUAUGAGAAUGGUAAAGAAUUCUGUAUAAUUUUGCAACUAACUUUGAACGUGGUAAAUGUUAAAGCUAAUUUUCGAUAUAUAUUUAGACAAAGAAACUAAGUUGGAUUUAAGUAACUGUGAAACAAUGAAAGGCAAGGCCAAAAUUUCAUAUUAGUGUUGGGAUUUAAAUCAUUUAAAUAUAUCAAGAAUGUUGAUUCCGAAAAUGUACACGGAAAUUGUUAGAUUAAAGUUUACAAAUAAUAAAUUGUUAGAUGAAAGUUUACAAAUACGUUUCAAAUAUCUUCAGUCAUCACCUCAUUGAAUUUGAUAUCAGAAAGGGGGUGCGGAAUUCACGAAACUUCGGUGCAUUUCCAAAAUUUGAAAUAAUUUUUACAUGUCGAUAUUCAUCUCUCAUGACGACUAUGACCCUCCAUGGGAAAACAUCAAAUUAGGUAAAUGCAUUAGCAGAUAAAAUAACAUAUUGAUUUGACGAUAAAAGAAUUUUUUUAGAUGAGGAAAGAUGCUAGAAUACUCGGAUGUGAGAUCAGCGGUUGCAGAGUUUUUGUUCAAGUUGGGAGCUUCUCAACCGAUCACGCUCUUUAGUCAUGAUGUUUAUACAUUGUGCCUAUGUAAAUAAACUGCAGCUCGUUGUACCCGGUCGGGAGCCAAAAACUUGA